AUGAUGGUCUCAAGGGGUCCAAGAUCCAGCUUGACUCAAGGUCUUGACAAAGAGAUCUACCAGGUCGUUCGCAAGCUGGCCGAUGAGCAAGCACAAUUUGAGAAUGGCGGAAAACGGCUCACUACUUCAGUUGUUUACGACAGUAUCAAACGAUCAAAUUCCAGUCUGAAACGAAGAAGCAAAAAGCUAUUAGAGGAUUCCAUCGAUCGGGUAUUGAAUGUCAUGAAGGAGGAGCUUGACGAUGACAGUGACUCUUUAGAUGGAGACUUCGACGGCAUUGAAGAGCCCGUACCUCAAUUGAAGGAACAUAAUAUUAUGAACAAGAGCAUAACUCGAAUGUGGGCCAAACCGAGCUCUGCCAGCAUGACUCCUAUGAGAGAAGGAACGCCGCCUCUGAACGGGACCUUGACCCCAAGUCUACCUAUUCAAACCCUUCCAGCGGUGGAAACGGAUUCACCAGCUAAACCGGAAAGGCAAGCAAAUGGAGAGCCCAGCAAAAAACGGAGAAAAGCGGAUACAAGGAAGGAUGUUGACCGGUCGCCUCCAACCGAUGUGUCGCUGGAGAACCUUGGUGGAGUUGGGCCAGUAAUCAAGGAGCUUACUGACCUGGUGGCCAUCCCCAUGUUGUAUGCGGAGGCAUAUAUAAAGACUGGCAUUCAACCUACAAGAGGUGUGCUUCUCCAUGGACCUCCUGGAUGCGGAAAGACGAUGAUUGCAAAUGCUUUUGCGGCAGAAAUUGGAGUGUCCUUUAUUCCAAUUUCUGCGCCAUCUUUAGUUGCUGGCAUGUCUGGAGAGUCGGAAAAGAAGAUCAGAGAUUUGUUCGAAGAAGCGAAGCGGAUGGCCCCAUGUCUAGUGUUCAUUGACGAAAUCGAUGUUAUCAUGGGCAAGCGAGAAAGUGCACAGAGGGAAAUGGAAAAGCGCAUUGUAGCUCAAAUGUUGACAUGUAUGGACGAUAUGGCGUUGGAGAAGACUGGUGGAAAGCCAGUCAUUAUUCUGGCAGCUACCAACCGGCCAGACAGUUUGGAUCCAGCUCUUCGCCGAGCUGGGAGGUUUAACAAGGAGAUCAACCUGGGUGUUCCGAAUGAGGAAGCCCGUGAUAAGAUUCUUCGAGCUUUAACGAAGAAGCUUACUAUGGCAGAGAAUUUUGACUACCGUCGGCUGGCCAAACUGACUCCUGGAUUCGUGGGAGCGGACUUGAAUGAUGUCGUUUCCGUAGCAGGUACUGAUGCUAUGAAGCGCAUGAAUGCUGUCUUGAAGGAGCGAAGUGUGACAGCUAUGGACAUUGAUACAACAUCCCCAACACUGGAUAUUCCAUCUUCACUUCUGGAGCUCAGGUCUCUGGUUGCCAAUGCAGGAGAACUACUACCAGAUGGCGAUUUCUCAAUCACAUACGACGACUUCUUGACCGCAAUCCCAAAAGUCCAACCAUCAGCGAAGCGUGAGGGGUUUGCAACUAUCCCCGACACUACUUGGGCACAUGUCGGUGCAUUACACGAAGUUCGUGAGCAGCUAGAAAUGGCAAUAGUCAAUCCCAUUCAAAGCCCUGGAAGAUUCGCACGCGUGGGCAUCACCAUGCCAGCCGGAGUCUUACUCUGGGGACCUCCUGGUUGCGGCAAAACGCUCCUUGCUAAAGCCGUCGCGAACGAGUCGAAGGCAAAUUUCAUCUCCAUAAAAGGUCCAGAACUACUGAACAAGUAUGUUGGAGAAUCCGAGCGAGCUGUAAGACAAGUCUUUGAGCGCGCCCGCUCUUCCGUACCUUGUAUCCUAUUCUUUGACGAAUUGGACGCUCUGGUGCCUAAGAGGGAAGAUUCGCUUUCUGAAGCCAGUAGCAAGGUCGUCAACACUCUCCUGACAGAGCUCGACGGUCUAGGAAGUAGAGCAGGAAUCUACGUGAUCGCCGCAACCAAUCGCCCUGAUAUGAUCGAUCCCGCGAUGCUCCGUCCAGGCCGUCUUGGUCUCUCUGUCUUCGUCGACCUACCCACCAAAGAAGAGCGCGUCGAGAUUCUCAAAGCGCUGUACGUCAAAGCACUGCCUGGGUCACCAGAAGAGGAACUAGCUGCUUUGAAAGACGUUGCUGAGGAUGGGAGGUGUACAAAUUACAGUGGUGCUGAUCUGUGGAAUCUGCACCAAGCAGCUGGUGUGGCAGCUAUCCAGAGGGAGAAGAAGUUGGGUAUUGAGACGGAGGAUUUGAGGAUUGAGAAGGUCGAUUGGGAGGUUGCGCUUGGGAAAGUUAAGCCGAGUGUUAAGGAUGCAGCGAAGUAUCGGAGGCUUAAGGAGAGGGGUAUGCAAGGUUGA